AUUCUUGUGACGAGUUUUCAACAGCGUGUCAAAGUGACACCCGUUCAUGUCAAGUCGUCAAAAUUUCCGUAUGUAUUUAAAAACCCUAUCAUGAAUCGCCUUGUUUCGCUUCAAACCAAACUAAACUCACGUUUCUUGUCACAUCUCAUUCGUCCUUCCAAAAUUUCAAAACCAACUUCACGAUGUACACGCCUCAAAACCGAAAAACGUUACAUCCAAUCGUGCAGCAAAAAUUACCGAAUGCCUAAAACGCCGGACCUUAUUUACGUGCCUCACGUUUUUCGUUGGGUGAAAUCCAAAUUGCGCUUCAAGUAUUUGAAAAAAAUUUGGGACCCCGAAUUCUCGGAGGGAGCUUUCAUUUACGGAUCGACAAAAGCUGUAUGUAGAAUAACCGAAAUUAUUAGUAGUGGCAGACUCGACGAACUUGACAAUUUAAUGACUGUCUCUGCCAAAAUUCGUCUUCAAGACGACAUCAACUAUCGCCUAAGUCCAGAUCAGAAAAACUUGAUUUUGCUCAAACCUGAAGAUAUCAAAAUUUUAAUCCCGAUUACUGUCAUCCUCACUAAGGAAGGAGCAGGCAGGAUGUGCAGAGUCAAUUUGCGAAUUCUAGGACUGAAAUGGCAUGAGGUAACGAGUGACAAUUAUAAAUUGGUUCUGGUAGCAUUGCAAACGGAAUUCUCGAGAGAUUAUAGCGACGACGCAACGCCCGAAUGGAUUAUAAGCGGAUUCUCGAUUUUGGAAUGUGCGAUGUUAACGGAAGCGACUGCAACGAGGUGAUGAGAUAAUUUGUUUCACUUACCUGGGCGAUGAUAUUGAGUGAUAUGGCACUUCCGUAUUGUGACCAAUAAGUUCUUGGUUGUUUUCGACGAUACCCCAUGGCGCUAUGCCCAGGGUGUUUACCCUUCCGGUCCGCUGGGAACGCUCAAGGAGCAGUGCGUCUCCGAUGUGCUUUGUGACUCCUGAAAAUAAGUAAUUAAGCAAUACAAAUGUUAAUUAAAUAUACCUCAU